UCCGCCUCUUUUUUGGCACCGCGAAGCGGCUUCCUGGAGGCCGAGCACCACGCCGCCCGGGCACCCGGCAGAUCGCGAGGUGGAACGAGCCGUCGCUGCGGGGACAGCGUUCCGAGGCAGUUGGUCCUCUCCGGGGUGCCGUAGGCAUCAGCUGACCGGCCCAGCGCACGUGACUACAGGGGCACUUGAUGGGAAUCAUGGCAGCCUCCCGGCCACUGUCCCGCUUCUGGGAGUGGGGAAAGAACAUCGUCUGCGUGGGGAGGAACUACGCGGACCACGUCAGGGAGAUGCGCAGCGCGGUGUUGAGCGAGCCCGUGCUGUUCCUGAAGCCGUCCACGGCCUACGCGCCCGAGGGCUCGCCCAUCAUCAUGCCCGCGUACACUCGGAACCUGCACCACGAGCUGGAGCUGGGCGUGGUGAUGGGCAAACGCUGCCGCGCGGUCCCCGAGGCCGCGGCCAUGGACUACGUGGGCGGUUAUGCCCUGUGCCUAGAUAUGACCGCCCGGGACGUGCAGGACGAGUGCAAGAAGAAGGGGCUGCCCUGGACUCUGGCCAAGAGCUUCACGGCGUCCUGCCCGGUCAGCGCGUUUGUGCCCAAGGAGAAGAUCCCUGACCCUCACAAGCUGAAGCUCUGGCUCAAGGUCAACGGCGAACUCAGACAGGAGGGUGAGACAGCCUCCAUGAUUUUUUCCAUCCCCUACAUCAUCAGCUAUGUUUCUAAGAUCAUAACCUUGGAAGAAGGAGAUAUUAUCUUGACUGGGACGCCAAAGGGAGUUGGACCGGUUAAAGAAAACGAUGAGAUCGAGGCUGGCAUACACGGGCUGCCCAAAGUCUCCUCAGCAACACUUCCUGUGAGACUACAGGAAUGAAGGGUGCCUGUGUGAUCAGUCAGAUCAAUCAGCAUAUCGAAACUGAGAAAGACAGAUUUAAAGUCCAAGGAGUUUUUGUUGCAAAUUGUGCACAUGUUAGAUGCUUCAUUUACUAUAUAACCACAGGUGGAACUGAAAAGAAACAAAGACAAUCAUAAAAUGUGAUGCCCUAAGUGACAAAUUUCAUCUCUAGCAGAAAAAGAAUUAUCACUAAAAACUCUACGUCAGUGUAUGCAAAACUUACUGAGUGUUCAGUGCUAUGCAGUGUACCAGUCGUAAAAAACAGUAAAACACACUUUCUAUGCAGCCAUUCUCAGAAUUCAUCUGAAACUGCGUACACCAGUCCUCCACCUGCCCUCCCUUCUUCCCUCCCUCUGCCGAGUUCCUGCCAAGCCCUCCAGGUCCCUCCCAGUCUCAUUUCCCUGCUGGUGCCCUCCCUUCUUGCAUCCCAGCCCGCACCCUUUCCCUCUUGGAACAGCAGCAGAACGCAAGCCUCAGGACUGACUCAUGCUGUCGCAUCAGCUCCUUGUUCUCACCUCCCCCGCUGGGAGUUCUGAGGGCAGGAACUGUGUCUUGUGCCUGGAAAGCACGCGUUCAAUAGCUGCUCACUGGAUGGUCCUGCACGGGGCCUUCUCUACAAAUAGAGAAAGCCUUGCAAGGCUGGCCAGGUGGCACCAGACGCUAUUAACACUGCUGGUGAUACACUCUCCUCUCUUUCAGUGGUUUAUGCUAUUCCAAAUUUCUGAAGCAAGCCUUACUUUAGCAAUCUUGAACAGGGAACCUAAUUCAAAUUUCUCAAAUAGGGGAAAUGAACUAAAGACAGUGGAUUUUUGUCUAGCCACAGAUCACUUGGUUCAGCAAAUUGUAGAUGCUUUUCCUCAGAUAUCAAUAAUAAAUAUACAGG